GUUAGUGACGCAGGUAGUAGAGAGUGCUGUAUAUAACCACGCAGUCUGUGUGCUGGUUUCACAGUCGCCAAGAUGAUGCUUCUCCUGAGUGUGCUGUUGCCUGCAGUUCUCGCCUUGCCCACCCCAGAGGCGCCUGUACACCAUCAUCGCAGCACCUACAAGAUAUGCGUGUCGAAAGAUAGAAUGGGGUUGUGCGAGGCUAUGGCGUCGGAAAGUGGACUUCAUAUGACCUGCGUUGCUGCUCGCGACAGGCUGGACUGCUUGGAAAAGAUUCAACAUCGGGAAGCAGACUUUGAGCCAGUGGAUCCGGAGGACAUGUAUAUAGCAUCCAAAAUACCUCAUCAAGACUUCACCAUAUUCAAAGAAAUUCGAACCAAGGAGGAACCCAACGAGGAGUUCCGCUACGAAGCUGUAGCCGUGGUUCAUAACAACCUGUCCAUCAGCAGCCUGCAGGGUCUCAAAGGACUGAAGUCAUGUCACACAGGAGUGGGCAGAAAUGUGGGAUACAAAAUUCCCAUCACCAAGCUUAGGAAGAUGGGAAUUCUGAGUUCUCUGAACAACCCAGACCUCACACCGCGGGAAAACGAGCUUCAUGCCCUCUCAGAGCUGUUCAGUCAGGCCUGCCUCGUCGGCAAGUGGGCUCCAGACCAAGCCCAGAACCAGGCCCUCAAGACGAAGUAUUCCAACCUCUGUGCUCUCUGUGAGCACCCAGAGGUGUGCGAUUACCCUGACAAGUAUUCUGGAUACGAUGGCGCUCUCAGAUGUCUCUCCGAGCACGGAGGACAGGUUGCCUGGACCAAGGUUUACUACGUGAAGAAACAUUUCGGGCUUCCGAUUGGAGCCGGACAGGCAGUGCCCACUGGCGAGGAUCCCAACAACUACGCGUUUCUCUGCCCUGAUGCCACAAAGAAACCCAUAACAGGCAAACCGUGCAUCUGGGCAGCCCGCCCCUGGCAGGGUUAUGUUGCCAACGCCGACCUGGACAGCGACAUAACUGACCUAAGGGCUCAGAUCUCUCUGGCCAACAACAUCGGUGAGACCGAGAACGCCGAGUGGUUGAGCAAAGUACUGGACCUCAACAAUAAAACUUUGGCAGUCGAUAACCAGGGUCCCUACUCCCCUCAGGACUAUCUCAACAAAGCCAACUACACGGAUGUGAUAGAACGAGACACAGGCGCGCCCCAUCGCCCCGUCCGGUUCUGCGUCACGUCGAGCACGGAACUAGCCAAGUGCAGGUUGCUGAGGCAGGCCGCCUUCUCGCGUGACAUCCGCCCUGCCUUUGACUGCGUCCAAGAAGCGACGCUCCAUGACUGUAUGAAGACGGUGCGUGACGACGGUGCUGACGUCAUUACCCUGGACGGCGGGGAGGUGUUUACAGCCCAGAGGCAGUACAACCUGAAGCCCAUAAUUGCAGAACAAUAUGGCGAACAUGGAGCCCUGUACUACGCACUGGCAGUGGUGAAGAAGUCCUCAUCUUACCAAUCCUUCGACGAUCUUCGGGGUGCCAAAUCAUGUCACACAGGGUACGGGCGGACAGCCGGCUGGAACGUACCGCUGUAUACCCUGCUGCAAAAGGGUCAAAUCAGCAAGAACAACUGCCCAUAUCCCAAAGCACUGUCUGAGUUUUUCUCUGGCGGCAGCUGCGUGCCCGGUGUUCUAGCCCCAGAAAACAAUCCCGCUGAGGAAAACCCCGAGAAACUCUGCAGUAUCUGCGCCGGUAACCUGGAUUCUUCAGACACCGCUACAACUCAAACUUCGCGGUGCUCUGCCAGCAACAAUGAAUCUUACUUCGGUUACACCGGAGCCUUCCGGUGUCUUGCUUCCGGUUCCGGUGACGUAGCCUUUGUGAAACACACAACGGUCCCUGAAAACACAGAUGGCCAUAACAGCGCCGGGUGGGCUGCAGGUCUUAAAUCUGAGGACUUCGAACUGCUGUGUCCUGAUGGAGGACGGGCCCCCGUCGACCAAUACACGCGAUGUCACCUGGCACAAGUUCCCCCACACAUGGUUGUAACGAGCAACGGGAAGUCACAGAAUGCACUUAACGAAAUUCGACAUGCGAUCCUAUCAGCUGGAGACCUCUACAGCAAACGCCCGGACCUCUUCAAGCUAUUUGGUGACUUUGAUGGCACGAAGGAUCUUCUGUUCAAGAAUUCCGUUACAGGACUUUCAUCGGUGGAGCCGGAUUCACCACUCAUGCAACGGUACACCGAAAUCUUGGAAGUAAUCCAGGCCUGUGAAAACCAGCCAAGGUCCUGAAGUAAACCAAGCCCAUAAGAUCCAUGUAAUCACGUAAUAUAACACAUAUACAUAAUUUUUGUACGUGAAAUAAUUUUAGACGAAACCUACGCCUUAAAGAACCUAUCAAAAAUUCUGAUAACUGCAGGAACAGAAUGAGAAGUAUCCAAAAUUAAUAUUGAACUCGUCUGAGAAUGUUAUAUUACCCUUUGAUUCAUUAAAAAGUGAAACGUUGCUAUAUUUCAGAGCCGGUUACAGGUUCAGUAAUUUUAAAGCAAAAUACAGAUAUAAAUGUACUGAAUCAGUUUUACAGUUGACUUUCUGUGACCUGUGAAGAUUAGGAGGGCAUCAGAUGUAAAUGAAGAAAGAGGCUUGGCUAUACUCACUGUAAUCAUAAUCCAGUUUUAUUCUUAAACCACAAUAGAUAAUUAACUUAGCUUUUGCAUAAAUUGUAGCAUCUGCUACGUUGUUUACUGCUAAGGAUCAGAAGAAUUCAGACGAAUGAGCAACGCUUGGUGUUUGUAUACAAAGGAAAUUUUGAUGGAAUUAUGAACAUUUUAAUGGUGGUGUUUAUAAUCUCGUGGCUUGCAGCGUGCCUGAUAAUCCUCAAAUAUUCAAAACCAACUAUUUACGUAACUAUCUUUAAUAACUAUUUUUAUGUUAUUGGUAUUCCAAAAGUACAAUACCUGAUUAAACAACAUUUUACGGCACAAACCCAUGUGUUUAAAACGCAUUUGGUACAUUAUUUUUCAUAUUUUAAAUCGCGUAAUUAUCACUAAUACAACGGCUUAAGCCAUGCAGUCCCUUCGUAUCCAUGUUUAACACCAUUCACAUAAUUUUAAAAUAUAAAAUGUUUACAAUUGAAUUUUAUACAGAAUUGUGAUGGUCCUGUGAACAUUGUAUACUGGUUUCUGAACAAAAUAAAUAUGACCUUAACACGACAAA